AGCCAAAGGGGUGUGUGUGUUUGUGUGUGUGUGUGUGUGUACACCUUUACCUGGCCUCAGCUGCUCCGUCAGUCCCUUCCCAUGGUGUAGCCCUGCCUGUGCCGCUCUCUCCCCCGCUGCCUGGAAGACGAACGCAGUCGAGCUGCAGCACACGCCACAGACACAGAGAGACGGGAGAACAGGCAGCCGAGAGAGACAGGCGCGCUCAGAGGAAGGAGAGAGAAACACACACAUACACACACACACACACUCUCACCACCAUGAGCUGCUGUAACAGAAGGUGCGGGCUGAUAGCCGGAGCCGUGUUUGGGGCUGUGGUGGCCGUCCUGGGAGGCAUCCUCAUUCCUGUGGGCGACCUCAUCAUCCAGAAGACCGUCAAGCAGGAAGCCGUCAUUGAGCCGGGGACGACAGCUCACGAGAACUGGGCGGCAGCGGGGGCAAAGGUGUACCGGCAGUUCUGGCUCUUCGAGGUGACGAACGCCCAGGAGGUUCUGGACGACGGUGCGGCGCCGGUGGUGACAGAGAGGGGACCGUACACCUACAUGACGAGAUAUCUGGCAAAGGACAACAUCACGUUCCACCACAAUCACACCGUGUCCUACCUGCUUCCCAACGGGGCCAUCUUUGAGCCCUCCAUGUCAGUGGGAACAGAAGAAGACAAAAUCACCUCGCUCAACCUGGCAGUGGCUGGAGCUUAUUCAGCAAUUCCAGUUGAGUUGCAUUCAAUUUUGGAGACCAUGAUAAAGACCAGCAACUCCUCCUUGUUCCAGCGUCGUACAGUGAAAGAGCUGCUUUGGGGCUACCACGACCCCAUUCUGAAAGGAGCUGUGGGCUUCUUCUUAGACUACAAUAAUACAUACGAUGGCUACUACAAUGUCUUCACUGGCAAAGAUGACAUCUUAAACGUGGGUAAGAUCGACAUGUGGAGACAAAGCAGGAGCUUAGGUUUUUGGAACGACAAAUACUGUGACAUGUUAAAUGGAACAGAUGCUUCGUCCUUUCCUCCCUUUGUGGACAAGAAGGAACCCAUCUUUUUCUUCUCAUCAGACAUCUGCAGGUCUGUGUCAGCCAGCUACGAGGAGACGGUAAACCUAAAAGGAAUUGAUGUGUACCGUUACUCCCUUCUCCAAUCCACCUUGGCCUCCCCUGUGGACAACCCAGACAACAAAUGUUUCUGCUCAAACAUGAAGACCACCAAGAAUUGCACAUUGGCUGGCGUGCUGGACAUCAGUUCCUGUCAAGAAGGGCGACCUAUUUACAUCUCCCUGCCCCACUUCCUGCAUGGCAGUCCGUCACUAAGGACUGAUGUGCUGGGCCUAAACCCCGACGAGGAGCACCAUAAAACCUUCCUAGAUGUUGAGCCUACCACCGGGUUUACUCUGAAUUUUGCCAAGAGAAUUCAGGUGAACAUGAUGUAUGGACCAUCAAAAGUCAUCACGGUACUCAAAAAGGUCAAGGACUAUACCAUAUUUCCUCUUGUUUGGCUAAAUGAGACGGCGACGCUGGAUGAUGAAACAGCGGACAUGUUUAAGAAGGAGCUCAUGUCUCGCAUCCAGAUGUUGGAGAUCAUACAGCAGGUGCUCCUGGGCGUCGGUCUCGGCAUCUUCGUCCUGUGUCUUAUCUUUUACUGUGUAGUGCGGAGGAGUCAUAACCAAAGCAAGCUUGCGUAGUAAAACGGCGAAUCGGCUGUUUGCGGCGCGGCAGAGCGCCGUGCAUUCACACCGGCAAGCCACAUCGACCCUUUUUGAUAUAGACUUGCAAUUUUUUGCACUUUCUGUCUUAUUUAUAAUGUCAGAUCUCCUUUUAUUUCAAAAGGGAGGGAUACUGUGAUUUUUUUAAAACCGCUCCACAGAGCUGGAUUUCUUUGCCAAUUCUUGUUUUUCGAUUUCAAACACUGGAACAUGAACUCAAUCAGGGAUUUCGUGAAGGAGACCGAUUAUAAACUCCUCUGAACCGUCAACUAAACCUUUUAUGUCUCCAAUGAGAGAGAUAUGGGUUUAUUUGACACCCUAUGACAGAAAUGUAGAAGUGCAAAUGUUCAUAUACUUUGCUAAACUAGUGUGUUCAAAAUAAAUAUAAGCUUCAAA